AUGGAUUAUCAAGCUUUUAUAUUUUGUGGUAAGGGUCAUGGUUUGGAACCCUUUUCUAAAACUAGAGGGGACACAGGGAUAGUUAAAGCCUUGUUACCAGUUGGCAAUAAGCCAAUGAUUGAAUAUGUUUUAGACUGGUGUGAACAAGCGGGCUUCAAAGAAAUAAAUGUUGUUAUUGACAAAAAUGAUCUAGACUUAUUAAAAGAAGGAUUGGGUUCCUAUUUGCUUAGGAGAGAAGAAUCUUAUAAAAAAUUAAUGAAAAAUUUAAAUUCUGUCUCACCUUUCACUAAUUCAUCAUCAACACUAUCCUCAGCUUCAGUGGGCCAUAAUUACUCCUCUAGUGGCAAUGGCUCUGCGAGUGGCGUUAACUUAUCUCAUAAUUUGAAAAAACCAACCCCGAUAAAAUUUAUUUCAUCAGAAUGCCAAAACACUGGCGAAUGUUUGGCUAAGGAGCUUUUGCCUAAGAUAACAUCGAAUUUUGUUCUAUUGCCGUGCGAUUUUAUCACCGAUAUCCCACCUCAAAUUUUAUCCUAUCAAUUUUUAAAUAUGUCUGAUGAUAACCUAUGUAUGUCGGUUUAUUACAAAAAUAAAUUUGAGAAUAUCGACAAAAAACAAUUAAGCAAUUGUUUCACUGUUUAUUCUGAGGAAGAAGACUCGCCUGUAUUAUUAGAUAUAUAUUCCAAAGAAUCUGUUGAUAAAAAUAAGUAUUUACAAAUCAGAACGCAAUUGUUGUGGAGAUUUCCCAAGGCCACUGUUUCUACCACUUUAUUGAAUUCGUUCAUAUAUUUUUGUUCCUAUAAGCUAGUUUCCAUAUUGGGUGAUGCAGAAAACAAAAUAAAUUGUAAUAAAUCAUUAACUAAAGUGUUUAGAGAUUUAUCAAGAAGAUCGUGGCAACAUUCCACCAAAAAGGAGACUGUCGGUAUAUUUGUUAUCCCUGAAGUUGGUAAUUUUUUGAGAUCUAAUAACUUAAGUUCCUAUAUGGAGGCAAACAGAUAUAUUUUAAAAGUAAGAUCAACAUACAGCAGCAACAAUACUUCGGCACACACACAUAAUAAUAAUUCUACUGUCGGUGGUGAUUCUUUUGUUGGUGGAAAUUGUACCUUUGGCGAAAAAACUAACAUCAAGAAGUCUGUAAUUGGGAAUAAUUGUAAGAUUGGUAAGAAAUGUCGUAUUGUUGGUUGUGUGAUCUUUACCAAUCUGGAAAUUGAAGACGAUUGUCAUAUAGAAAACUGUAUUAUUGGCAACUUCGCUAAAAUAUCUAAAAAAUGUAAAUUGACCAAUUGUUAUGUAGAGAGCUCAUAUGAAGUGGGAGAAAAGAGUAUGUUGAAAGGAGAAACGUUGAAGAGUUUGUAUUUGGCGGACAAUUCUGAUGAAGAUAAUAACAAUAAUGAAAAUGAUGAAGACAACGACCACGACGAUGAUGAUGAUGACGAUGAUGAGUAUAUGUAUCGUGAAGAAAUUAGUGGCGAAGAUGACGAAGAAGAUGGCGAAGGAUAUGAAUACGAUGAUGAAUACGGUGAUGAUGACAUUUUUGAACGUUAA